UGAGAAUGAUAAAAAAAAAAGGCUUUUCAAAUCACUUGGGAGAGGAUUUAGUGUAAGAUUUUGUAAAAUGACAGAGUGUAGUGAUGGUGUGUGUUGCGGAUCAAUAGGUGUUCCAACGAUCGUUUCGGGGCGCCUGGAUCGAGGAAACCAAAUUUGUGCUCAGGUGAGAGUGCAGACAAAGGAGGGAUGGGCUUGUGUCAGAAACCGGGUUUGGUGAAAACUCCAGAGUUCUAGUGGCUUCGCUGUUGAAUGAAACUCUGGGUUUUUGGAAAAACAACUCUCCGAAUGCAUGUCCUGCUAAAUAGAAACAGACAGAGAGGGCACAGAGGCGUGGACUUUUUUUUAAAGCAUAAGCAUUAUGAGACUCAAUACAACACUCAACUGAUUAAUAUGAGAUUAAUGCAGCUGGUAUAGCAAAGUGGGUUACACCACUGUCUUUGGUACAGAAGCCUGGGGUUUGAUUCCCGGUCAGGACUUGGGUAAGGAAGGCCGUCCUCUGAUAUGUAACUGGUUACUGUAAGUCCCUCUGGACAAAAAGCGUCAGCGAAAUGAAUGUAAUGUAACAUGUUGCAUGAUUAGGUUAUUACUAUUACUCGUCUUUCAUUUGCACUGAUGAUUUAAUAUUUCAGAGUUUUCUUUAUCAUACCUAAAAUAUGUUUCAAUAUGCUGUAGCCAUGCACCAGGACCGCCCACGCUGCGUGAUUGACAGGCCGGUAUUCAACCUCCCCGAGUUCGACAGAGAGUACGACAAGAGGAGACGUCAGUUCCCGGUCGGAGAGAAAGUCAAGAAAAUCUUCAGAUGCUCCGGGCAGAGACUGAAGGGCUUGUUACUGCGACAUCUGCCCAUUCUGAGCUGGCUCCCCAAGUACAAACCCAAAGAGAACCUGCUGUGUGACGUCAUCAGCGGGGUCAGCGCCGGCACCAUUCAGGUCCCCCAGGGCAUGGCAUUCGCCCUGCUGGCAAAUCUCCCUCCUGUCAACGGCCUCUAUUCUUCGUUCUUCCCCCUCAUCCCAUAUUUCUUCAUGGGCACUGCUCACCAGAUGGUCCCAGGCACUUUCGCCGUCCUCAGCAUUAUGGUGGGAAUCGUGUGCCUUCAGCUGGCUCCGGAGUCGGACUUCAGCCAUUUCAAUGCCACCCUCAACGCCACAGUAGUGGACACAGAGCGGAUGGACGACGUUCGCCUGGGGAUAUCUGGAACUCUGGCGUGCCUCACCGCAAUCAUACAGGUACUUGCACCACUAACCUCUCACUGUUUCAAAGACAUUGGAGAUGCAGCUUCGUCCAAAAGUGACACUUUUACAAAUCUAAUGUCCACACAGAUUGGCCUUGGCUUCAUGCAGUUUGGGUUCGUCGCCAUCUAUCUGUCAGAGUCCUUCGUCCGAGGCUUCAUGACUGCUGCGGGACUGCAGAUCCUCAUCUCGGUGCUCAAGUACAUCUUCGGCAUCAAAGUGCCGCCUUACAGUGGCCCCCUGGCCGUCGUGUAUACUCUCAAAGACAUCUUAGCGGGCCUCCCGGAUACCAACAUAGCGUCGCUGGUGUUCGCCCUGGUCAGCAGCGUCGUUCUGAUCGCCGUGAAGGAGCUGAGCGAACACUACCGCCACAGGCUGCCCUUCCCCAUUCCCAUGGAGAUCGUCAUAGUGGUGGUGGCAACGGCCGUCUCGGGCCCUCUGCAUCUCCCUGAGAUGUAUCACAUGGACAUAGUGGGAUACAUUCCUCUGGGUUUCCCAACGCCGAUCCUGCCAACAGUGAGUCAGUGGGAAGACAUGCUGAGCACAGCGUUCUCCCUGGCAAUAGUGGGGUAUGUCAUCAACCUGGCAAUGGCCAGGACACUGGCAGCCAAGCACGGCUACGACGUGAAUCCCAACCAGGAAAUGUUGGCGCUUGGCUGCAGCAAUUUCCUUGGGUCCUUCUUUAAGAUCCACGUAAUCUGCUGUGCCCUGUCUGUGACCCUGGCCGUGGACAGUGCCGGGGGGAAAUCGCAGUUUGCCAGCCUGUGUGUGAUGCUGGUCGUGAUGGUCACCAUGCUUGCACUGGGAGCUUACCUGAAACCACUUCCAAAAUCGGUGCUUGGAGCCUUAAUUGCAGUCAACCUGAAGAACACGCUGUUGCAGCUCACUGAUCCCUAUUACCUAUGGAAGAAGAGCAAAUGGGACUGUUGUGUGUGGGUCGUGACGUUCUUGGCCACAUUCUUUCUCAGCUUGCCUUAUGGCGUCGCGAUCGGGGUGGGGUUUUCCAUCCUGGUGGUGAUAUUCAAGACACAGUUCCGUAAUGGGUCGGAAAUGGUCCAGAUUAUUGACACAGAUAUCUACAAAAACCCGAAGAUGUACACUAAGGUCAUGUCAAUAACAGGCGUGAAAGUAGUGAACUAUUGUUCGCCGCUCUACUUUGCGAAUGCCGAGAUAUUCCGACAGAGGGUCAUCAAAAAGACUGGGCUGGACCCUGGCAAACUCAUUCUGGCCAGGCGGAAGUUCCUGGAGAAGGAGCUGAAGGAAAAAACAAAAAUGGAGAAGAAGGACAAGGAGGCCAGACAGAGAAAGCCCAGCUCUUUGGUCACCAUGAAGGUUCAGACCAUAUCGCAGCUUGAACUGCAGAAUGACUUUGACCUGAGCGAUGGCAGUGCCAACACACCGGAACCUCCCACCAACUACGUCAACUUCCACUGCAGUGACAUCGAGCUGGGCGAGCAGGCGCCCGACCAGGGGCCGCCCAGUCCCUCUGCUGUCACCCUGGACCCCCAGCCCAUGCCCUUCCACACCCUCAUCCUCGACCUGGCAGGGGUCUGCUUCAUUGAUCUGAUGGGCAUCAAAGUAUUGACGAAGAUGAACUCGAGCUACGCACUGCUGGGCAUUAAACUCUACAUGGCCAAUGUUCAAGCCCAGGUGUACGAGGAGCUGGAGGCGGGAGGAGCUUUCGAUGACGGCAACAUCGCCCGCGGUAAUCUCUUCCUCUCCGUCCACGACGCCAUUCUGUUUGCUCAACACACCUCUGCAGAGAGGCGAUCGUCCCUGAAGGCGGAGACAGCCGGACAGGAACUCGCCUUUAAUAUUAAUGAGGCCAACUUGGAACAGGUAUGCAACUACAGUAGUUUGCCUAUUCAAGCUGAUGCAGCGCAACGAUGACAGCUCCGCCGGCCUACUUCUAUUCACCGUGAAGCCAUUAUUCUGUACUGUAUCUAACGGUAGUGUUACUUCUUUUAGGAAAUGUUCUGAACUCCGAUUGCUGCGGCGGAGACGAGCACAAGAAAUGUGCCAAAAAAAUACCAACGAUGAUGUCUUCAGUAUUACUGCGAUUUAUGGAGAAUCGCUUUUGCCAAAAUAUAUCCUGUGCAUCUUUUCUGUUUUGUGUGUGUGUGUGUGUGUGUGUGUGUGUGUGUGUGUGUGUGUGUGUGUGUGUGUGUGUGUGUGUGUGUUUGUGUGUGUGCUGACUAUCAAUUGUCCAAAUACAUUUCUUUUCGCCCCUCACUUUGUGGCUGUGCACAGUAAUCAGUACUUGACUCCACUGACAGGGGGUGGAACAUACCCGCACACGAGAGAUGUGCCAACAACAAGUAAGUGCUGAGCAGAUAAUGAGGGGAGCCCACCGAGUCUCAGUUCAGCCACCCCCUCCACAACAACCGGAGCGGAGCUGCUGACUGCGCAGUCGUACACAAGUGGGCCUGUAAUUAACUGCGAGUGUGCGCGGCCACAGCUGAGAGGUACAGCCAGCUGAGCAGUUUGGCUCAGUCCCCUGUGGAGGGAGGACGAGGAGAAAAAAGGCUCAACACAAAAACGAAAAAGGGCGGGCGGGGGGGGAAUACGCAUUUUCCCGUCUUUGUUGUUUUUCUAAACUCAAUCAACGGCCACAGUCUGAAUCCUUUUUUUUCCUCCAUAAGGCAGAAUAAAGUUACCAGAGCCAAAGUAACGCAUCGUAAUUGCUGUCGGUUACAUCAGUGUGAGCGACGUGUAACAAAGAGGAAUGUGUGUGUCCUCUGGAGCGGGUGCUCGCAAAGGCCCCGUGGCGUCGGGGGGCCUGUAGCAGCGGGGCCGACGGCGGCGUUUGGUAUGCCCGCGAUGCAUGAAUGGAUUUAUGAAGCUAUUAAGAAAUCAUCCUAAGGUAUCCUGGCACACAUCUGCUCCUCUGCUCCGCGCUCCCCUCUCUGCACUGCACUCUGCAGCAAUUUGGCACCACGAGCGAUUACAAGGUUUCUGUGGCCAUCAGCUUUAAUUUGGAGCCCUGGGAAAGUCUCUGAUCAUGUGUGUGUGUGUGUGUGUGUGUGUGUGUGUGUGUGUGUGUGUGUGUGUGUGUGUGUGUGUGUGUGUGUGUGUGUGUGUGUGUGUGUGUGUGUG